AUGAAGCUCCUCAACGCCGCGUGCGCCCUCGCCUUGUGCGAUGCGGCAAGCCUCGCCUACGCCGCGGCCGUCAAGCCGCGCCUGACAUCGCGAGCCACGACUCUCAGUCUCUUGGCCGCCAAGCCCCUCGGUAAUACCAUCAACCGCGCCGGGUGGAAGGUGACGUGCGACAGCCAGGAAAAGGACAAUGAGUGCGCCAAGGCCAUCGACGGCGACCAAGGCACCAUGUGGCACACGGCGUGGUCAGACAACGAACCGUCGCCGCCGCACACCAUUACCGUCGACAUGGGGUCCGCGCAGGUCAUCAACGGCAUCUCGGUGCUGCCGCGACAGGACGACAACGACCACGGGUGGAUUGCCCGCCACGACGUCUUUGUGAGUGCCGACGGACAGGCCUGGGGCGACGCCGUGGUGACGGGCACGUGGUACUCGGACAAGACGACCAAGUAUGCCAACUUUGAGCCGCGCAACGCCCGCUAUGUGCGGCUCGUGGCGCGGAGCGAGGCCAACGGUCAGCCGUGGACGAGCAUCGCCGAGUUCAACGUCUACAAGGCCAGCAACCCACCCGCGGCCAAGCAGGGCGUCGGCAAAUGGGGCCUGACCAUCGACUUCCCCAUCGUGCCCGUCGCCGCCAUCGUGGACCCCCUGACCGGCAAGGUCGUGGUCUGGUCGGCGUACGAAAACGACAAGUUCGAGGGCUCGCCCGGCGGAUGGACGCUCACGUCGACGUGGGACCCCAAGACGGGAGAGGUGACGCAGCGCAACGUGACCAACAUCGGGCACGACAUGUUCUGCCCGGGCAUUUCGCUGGCGUCCGACGGCCGGGUGGUGGUGACGGGAGGCAGCAACGCCGAGAAGACGUCCUUUUACGACUCGCCGACCGACAGCUGGGUCAAGGGCCCCGACAUGAACGUGCCCCGCGGGUACCAGGCGUCGACCUUGACCUCGGACGGACGCGUCUUCACCAUCGGCGGCUCGUGGAGCGGCGGAGUCUUUGAGAAGAAUGGCGAGAUCUGGGACCCGGCCACCAACACAUGGCGCAUGCUCCCCGGCGCGGCCGUCAAGCCCAUGCUGACCAAGGACCGCGGCGGCCUCUACCGCUCCGACAACCACGCCUGGCUCUUCGGCUGGCACAACGGCAGCGUCUUCCAGGCCGGGCCCAGCCAGGCCAUGAACUGGUACUACCCGGCCGGCAACGGCAACACGCGCCCCGGAGGCUAUCGCCGGGCGGGCAGCAGCGUCGACGGCGACGCCAUGUGCGGCAACGCGGUCAUGUUCGACGCCGUCGCCGGCAAGAUCCUGACCAUGGGCGGCGCGCCGCACUACGAGGACGCCGACGCUUCCAGCAACGCCUAUGUGCUGACACUGGGCGAGAAGGGCGCGGAGCCGCAGGUCGUCUUCGCCGGCAAGGGCCUGUCGGGCCCGCGCAUCUUCGCCAACGCCGUCGUCCUGCCCGACGGCACCGUCUUCGUGACGGGCGGCCAGCGCCACGGCCAACUCUUCCAUGACACGACGCCUCAGCUGACGCCCGAGCUGUACGACCCGGCCACCGACUCCUUUGUCGACCAGGCCCCCAACUCGGUGGUGCGCGUCUACCACAGCAUGGCCAUUCUGCUUCCCGACGCCACCGUCCUCAGCGGCGGCGGCGGGCUGUGCGGCGGCGACUGCGAGUUCAACCACUUUGACGCCCAGAUCUUCACGCCGCGGUACCUGCUGGACGCGCAGGGCAAGCCGGCCACGCGCCCCGUCAUUCGCAGCGUCUCGAGCAAGGAGAUUCGCGCGGGCGGCAGGCUCAACAUUACCACCGACGGGCCCAUCAAGUCGGCGUCCAUGGUGCGCUACGGGUCGGCCACACACUCCAUCAACACGGAUCAGCGGCGCGUGCCCUUGGUGCUGCAGCAAGACGGCGGCCGUCCUUCCUACACGGUGGAAAUGGACGAGGAUCUCGGCGUGCUGCUGCCGGGGUACUGGAUGCUGUUUGUCAUGAACGACAAGGGCGUGCCGAGCAUCGCCACGACCAUCAAGGUGUGGCUGUGA